AGCCACUACCGGUAAAGCCCUACUCACUGCCCUCCCAUGGUUGUGGUGUUGUUUGUGAAAUCGAGGGGACGAAAAGCGAUUGUCCAGCGCUUCAACCUGACUAGUGGAUGCGGAGAGUUCACUUGAGGGAGUCGGAAAACACUGAUUACAAACCAAUGAUGCAUAUGGCACCAGGAUGCUGUGGGAAGAAAUGGCAUGUCAACCAAUUAAUGGUCAUCGGCUCUCAUGGAGCUGCAUCUCCUUACGUUUCUCCAUUGCCUUGUGGAUCAAACAUUUUGAUCGAGGGCUCCGGGUGUAGCUCUCCAAGAAAAGCACAUGCUUCGGUCUGGGCACCUGGGCAAAAGCAGUGUCCACAUGUAUCGAGUGACUUGCGUUGCGCAAAUGUAUUUUGUGCCCCUCUUACCAAUGCUCAUGUGUUGAAAUAAAACAUUUCAGUAUGAUCAUUCGCUAUGACUU